CUGAAAACAUGAGGCUCAGAAACUGUCACUCACCUCACCCUUCCAUUUCCACUUUCUCUAUCUGAAAAAUGCAACCCCUUCAUGCUCCAUCUUCUUCUUCACCAUACCUUAACCUUUCAUUCCGAGCCUCAAAACCACAACACUUAACAUGGGGUUCGUUUUCACAUCUGAAGUCUUCACCUUUGUUUGCCAUUCAUUUAACUCUUCAGUCCCAAAGGGACCAAAGUUCAUUAUGGAGAUAUCACAAAAGGGCCAUCUUUUGUUCUGGUGCUACCAGAGCUACUUCUGUUGAAGUAGGCUCUUCUUCGGUAUCAACUGGAACACCGGAGGAUGAUGUGUUGAAAGCCUUGUCUCAGAUUAUUGAUCCAGACUUUGGAACGGAUAUUGUUACAUGCGGAUUUGUCAAAGAUCUCCAGAUCGAUAAAGCUCUUGGAGAGGUAUCUUUUCGGUUAGAGCUCACUACUCCGGCAUGUCCAAUCAAGGACAUGUUUGAGGAGAAAGCAAACGAAGUGGUGACGAAUCUUCCUUGGGUAAAAAAUGUAAAAGUCACAAUGUCCGCACAGCCAGCAAGACCUCUAUUUGCAGAGCAACUUCCGGCAGGUCUACAGACAAUUUCAAAUAUUGUGGCUGUGUCCAGUUGCAAGGGAGGAGUUGGAAAAUCAACUGUAGCUGUAAACCUUGCUUACACUUUGGCUGAUAUGGGUGCUAGAGUUGGUAUAUUUGAUGCUGAUGUUUAUGGUCCAAGCUUACCAACGAUGGUCUCUCCUGAAAAUCGAUUGCUAGAAAUGAAUCCGGAGAAGAGGACCAUAAUUCCAACUGAAUACCUGGGGGUGAAGCUGGUCUCUUUCGGAUUUGCUGGACAAGGACGUGCGAUAAUGCGUGGCCCAAUGGUUUCUGGAGUCAUUAACCAACUUUUGACUACUACCGAGUGGGGCGAGCUCGAUUACCUUAUUAUUGACAUGCCUCCUGGAACUGGAGAUAUUCAACUUACUUUAUGCCAGAUAGUUCCAUUAACUGCUGCUGUAAUUGUUACCACCCCUCAAAAGCUGUCAUUCAUUGAUGUUGCAAAAGGAGUUCGGAUGUUUUCAAAGCUAAAGGUGCCUUGCGUUGCUGUUGUGGAAAACAUGUGUCAUUUUGAUGCUGAUGGAAAGCGAUAUUACCCGUUUGGUAGAGGUUCAGGUUCUCAGGUUGUUCAGCAGUUUGGAAUACCUCAUCUGUUUGAUAUGCCUAUUAGACCAACUCUAUCUGCUUCUGGAGAUAGUGGAAUGCCCGAAGUGGUGGCUGAUCCUCAAGGCGAAGCGUCCAAGAUAUUCCAAGAUCUAGGAGUGUGUGUAGUGCAGCAGUGUGCUAAGAUACGCCAACAAGUUUCAACAGCUGUCACCUAUGAUAGAUCAAUCAAGGCAAUCAAAGUGAAGGUACCAGAUUCAGAUGAGGAAUUCUUCCUGCAUCCUGCGACGGUGAGACGGAACGACCGAUCUGCUCAGAGUGUGGAUGAAUGGACUGGGGAGCAGAAACUGCAAUACACCGAUGUUCCUGAAGAUAUUGAACCCGAAGAAAUUCGACCAAUGGGAAACUACGCUGUUUCAAUAACUUGGCCUGAUGGAUUUAGUCAGAUUGCGCCAUAUGAUCAGCUGCAGACAAUCGAACGGCUAGUCGACAUUGUUUCGCCAACUGUACAUGCAUGAUAAUAUUGGCCAUUGAAAACAUCACAAGGAUUGCAUUAAUGUGCUUGUAAUUGGUGGAGUUAUGCAUGUAAUAGCCUCAAUUUUCGUUCAAUUCUCCUCCAUAUACUAGGCAUAUUGGUAGAGUUUGAUAGAUUAUUCUGUAAGUUAAUAGCUUGGCCUUGAGGCUCACUAAACUCCUCAAGCUUUUUGUUACUUGUUCCACUGAGUAAAGCAUUCAUUUGCAAGUGACAGUUUACUCACUUUUUAUAUCGAAGUUGUAAGGCUAAUACAUAAUAGAAGUUAUAAAUUAAAUGGUAAGUAAUGUCUUAUUUAUUA